AUGAAGUUCAAUUCUAAUAUAAACUUGGCAGCAGUAGUCUGGCUACUGAUUCUAACAAAUGCUAAAGCAAAACGUAUUAAACAUGUAAAUCAGUCGCAAAAAAAUUCUGAACGUGUUGUGGGUGGUUCUACAGCCGAAGAAGGUUUUGCUCCUUAUCAGGUAUCCUUGCAGGAAGGUGAAGGUCAUUUGUGUGGAGGAGCGAUAAUCGAUCCGGAAUGGAUUAUAACUGCUGCUCAUUGUGUAUCAUAUAGUGAAGCUGAAGAACUCAGUAUUUUAACUGGUACCCAAGAUCUUACGAAACCCGGAGUAUUCUAUCAUGUCAAGCGUAUUUAUGUACAUUGCAAUUAUGACAAUCCCAGUAUGCAUAAUGAUAUAGCAUUACUACAUUUAAAUACCACUAUCACAUUUAAUGAAAAAACUCAAGCUGUUAAACUGCCGACAAAACCCCUAAACGAUGGUGAUAAUGUUGUGCUCACCGGUUGGGGUACCGAAGAACCUUGGGGCAAUGCACCAGAACGUUUGAAAAAAGUUGAUUUAAAAUUUUUAGAACACGAACGCUGUAAAGAAGCCCUGGAGUAUGACCCCGAUUUAGAUGUCGGUCAUAUUUGUACUUUUACCAAAUAUGGCGAGGGUUCAUGUCAUGGUGAUUCUGGGGGACCAUUAGUUAGUAAUGGCAAUUUGGUGGGUAUAGUCAAUUGGGGUUAUCCCUGUGCCAUUGGCUAUCCUGAUGCUUAUGCAAGUCCAUAUUUUUAUUAUGAUUGGAUACGUAGUAUUAUGAGUGGAAAUGCAAAUUGUUUGAAUAGAAAAAUGAAAGAAUUUUAA